AUGCCACUCACCACCCAGGCCAGCCUGGACUUGUCGCCAGUCUUGUCCGCGCAUUUCCGUGUCUGUGAGCCAUACACGGACCACAAAGGCCGCUAUCACUUUGGCUUCCACUGCCCCCGGCUCUCGGACAACAAAACCUUCAUCCUCUGCUGUCACCAUAACAACACGGUUUUCAAAUACUGCUGCAAUGAGACAGAGUUCCAGGCGGUGAUGCAGGCAAACCUCACGACCGGCUCCGAGGGCUACAUGCACAACAACUACACCGCCUUGCUGGGAGUGUGGAUCUAUGGCUUCUUCGUGUUGAUGCUACUUGUCCUGGAUCUUUUGUAUUACUCGGCAAUGAACUACGACGUUUGCAAGGUUUACCUGGCACGGUGGGGCAUCCAUGGACGGUGGAUGAAACAGGACCCCAGGCGGUGGGGGAACCCUGCCCGGGCACCCCGGCCAGAGCAGCCGGCCCUGCAGUCCCAGCCUCCCCCGGGUCCCCUGCCUCAAGCCCCCCAGGCCGUCCACACGCUGCAGAGAGACAGCCAUAGCCCACCGCUUAUGAGCUUCCAGGGUUCGUCUGCCUGGUGAGUGGCUGCGAUCUCUUGUCUUUGACGAGCUUGGAAAAUACCAGAUCGUUAUUGCUGCUGUGUUUGGCUUGUCAAUUACCAGAUGAUUUGCUUAUAUUAUUUGCCAAGAAAGAUGUGAAGUGGCUCGUGGUAACAACGCGUGCCUGGACAGAAAAGUCGACAUGCAAGGUUGAAACAGAGCUUAGAAACAAAGCUUGCAAGUUUAUUUUGCUUAGAUUCUGGCGUGAGAGCUGUUGCCACUGAGCGUGAAGUGGAGUUGUGAGUUUCCUAGCUGCCAAGGCAAAAAGGGAAAUUGGAUGGCUUCCCAAGUUUUCACAGUCUGGUCAAAGGAAGCAAGUCGAUCUGUCGGGGGCUGAGGGAGAAGCUUUUCUUGGCAUGAAAUUUGAAAAUAAGCAUAUUUAUUACUGGACUCCAUCGUGCAUAUAUGUUGAGUCGCAGAAAGGCAUCUGAGGGCGAUGCAGGCAGGCUGCUCAGCGAUGGCUCAGGGGAAGGGAAGGAAGCCGGUCAGGGAGGUGGGAUCUCGGCUGGCCUUAUAGGGUGGCCAUCCCAGCAGAGCCUGGUUACCCUGCCCCAGGGGCGAGUUCAUGAUUUCCUGGAAAGGGACAGACUGCCACUCUCAUGUCUAGCCAUCUCCAGUCUGGUGGGAGGCAGAGAAUAACCUAACCUGGGCGUCCCUGGGCGGUGCAGAGCUGGAGGGAGAGAGGAGGGGUCUGUGCAUUUUGAAGCAGGAACCUACGGUGUGACUGGCCAGCACCAAGAACAGGCAUCAGCCCCUGGCAGGAGCCAGGCUGAGUGUAGAUGCUCAAGUCCAGGGCUCGGGUGUGGGGUUCAGCUGCUCUGCAGGGGCUGAGCUGCAGCCAUGGGCACACAGGGCACGGGGCACAUCAUCCCAGGACAUCACAGUACUGAGCCCAGCCUGCAAGAUCCAGUGCAGAAACCUACAACACGGUGAUCCCUGCCAAGCCAUGAGUUUUGCAGGCAACCCAACCCAGGUUCAAGUCCCAGCUCUGCCAGUUACCAGCUCUGCAACUUCGGGCAAGCUCCUUCACCCUCUUAACCUUCCAAUCCUUGUGAAGCAGGGGAGAGUGAGAACCCACCCCCCCACCCCCGCCACCCUGGGAUUGUCUUGAGGAUCAAACAAAAUGCCUGGCACAUAGUAGGUGCUCAGUUAACCGUUGCCCCUUCCUUGCAGGAGAUGCAACCAAGCUAGUUCAUGAUCGUUUAAGCAGCUAACAGAUAGUGACCUUUUCAAUAAUGAAUGACUUAAAUAAUUAAUAAGAUACACUUUGCCACAACGGUCAUGCAGGAGGCAAAGACGCAGCCUUGCUCGGCUCGGCUGGACAAAUGUGGACUGAGCCGGUCCUCUGGGCGGGGCC